UUCGGUGUUUUUUCUCUCUCAAAACAAAACAAAACAAAACAAACAUAACAUCCUCUCUCUCUUGACUCCUCCACGCACCACAACAUAAAACAACACAUUCAUCUCAUCAUAAAAUUCAUAGACAUAAAACCAACCUCAAAUCAAACCUUCCACCAAACACACCUCACCAGAUGUGCGACCGUGACUGGGUCAACUUAGCCUUGGCCGACGAUUCCAUCGUCGCCGACACUCUCCUCCGUUUCAACCUCCCUCAACGACCGCCACCGCCACUUCAUCUUCACUGGACCGUCCGCCAACCCCGCUCAAGGUCCACUCCAAAACUCCCAUCAAAACCUGACUUCACAAGAGCAAGCCCCACCACCCCGCUUACAUGGAGCGCCGCCACCUCAGCCAGCGAUGAAUCCAGCCUCCCAACAAAACUCACCAAAACAUCAAGAUCUAAGGGCGCUAAUCAGAAGGAAGCAGUUACAACCAAAAAUUCUAAAAGAAAAAAGACUUUAGCUGAACUAAAAGAGGAAGAGACUUUGUUGUUGAAAGAAAGGAUAAACUUGAAAAAUGAACUGGCUUCUUUGCGUCUCAAUGUAGAAAAAGAGAAAGCCACAAAUGAAAGAUUGAAGAGAAUGAAGCUUGAUUUCGAUUCACGACAUAAUUCUAAUACAGCUGCAACCUCUGAGAUUUGUAAGCAAGAACCUAAAUUUGUUCUCCCAGACCUAAACUUGUAGGUCGAAGAGGAUUUAAGGACGGCCAAAUCUUGGUGGUUGAAUUCGGGUUGCAGAUUAUGCGGUAUAGUUUAUGGUAAAACAUAUUAAUCUAACUAUUUAGGUUUUUCUAAUGUAAGUGUAGACGCUAAAUCAUUCAGUUUCCUCACCUAGUCAAAACUAAGUGUGGUGUUUAUUCAUGAAGGUGUAGUGGCAGUCAAGAACUCCAAACACUUCAUUUUUAGUUCCAUUUUUUAUUGUUUUUUACAUUUUUCAAUAUUCUUUAUGGCUACCCUACUUCUUCUUGAUCACCUUAUAUUAUGAAGUUUAUACUGCAAAUCCAGAAAUGUACUCAUGUGUUCUUCAAGUAGUUCAAGAAUUUUGGUUCUUGUUUAGUGAGUUCUUAUGUAACUAUUUCAUUUAUGUUUUUAUGUUAACCCUUGCUGUUCGAGGGAAACAAGUUCCGGUAAUCACCUAAAAUUUGAAUAUAAAUUUGAAUUUCUGUAUCUCUAACACCCCCUUCCCCUU